UCGGACUCCAAUGGACCAGCUUCACUAUUCAGCAUUCACAAGCCCGGACUUAAGUGGGCCAACUUCAUUACUUUGUAGGGCCCAUAUCUUGAAUACGCGAGGGGUUCAGGACCGAGCUUUUCAUUAUGGAAGUUGGUUAUAAAUGGCCCAUUCACACUCAGUCACGUGCAUCUCGAGUGACCGACUUAAUCGAAAAUGCAAGUAUUUUGUCCCUCUUUUAGUACUCUGUAAAUACACUAGUAUUGAAAUUAAGUCCACAAAUUAUAUAAUUGUGUCACUCAAGCUUUCGUCUAUGGAUGCCACACCCACAAUGCAAUUGCAAUGCACGACUGUUUUUCAAUGUAAUCUCAACCACCCUUCUGGAUCUGGCAGGUUGCCUUAUACAUCAAAAACAGAGGAGUUGUUGGAGGGUUUUCCUUUCCUUAACUGGAGAAUUCCACUAACUUUGAGAUGGCUACUGUCUCCUCUAGCUCUCUCAGAGACCUGAAAAGGCACAUGAGAUUAGGUUAAAAAUGAUGUAUGCUUGAGCUUGACCUCUUCUAAGGUUUGAAACUGUCUUCACUUGAACCACUUUUACUCUUUUUUAGUACAAUAUAACAUCAGCACAACAAGUUCCUCUCCGCCUCUCUGUGUAUUUAUAAAUAUUUGUGUGAGCAAUUUGUUGUAUUGUAUACUUCAAUUGAAUCUCAAACUAGUUGAAGAUGGGUCUUUGCUUGGCCUUGUUGUUUCUUAUUCUCAAGCUUGCAAUUGUAGCAUUUGCUGUCAACAGCAGCACGAGCACCCUGAAAGAAGAUUGUGUUGAUGACAUAGUUGGCGGUGUAGUUUUACAGUUCAAUAUUUACCAGACUAGCUGUCCAGAGGCAGAGGACAUAAUCUUUUCAUGGGUCGAAAAGGCAGUCACAGAGGAACCCAGAAUGGCCGCUUCACUUCUUCGCCUUCAUUUCCAUGACUGCUUUGUUAAUGGUUGUGAUGCUUCGGUGUUGUUAGAUGACAGUGGCAACUUCGUUGGAGAAAAAACUGCACCACCAAACUUAAAUUCCUUAAGAGGGUUUGAGGUGAUUGAUGCAAUCAAAUCUGACAUGGAAUCAGUUUGUCCUGAAACCGUCUCUUGCGCUGAUAUUCUUGCAGUUGUUGCCAGAGACUCUGUUGUUCUGUCAGGAGGUCCAGGUUGGGAAGUGCAGAUGGGAAGAAGAGACAGCUUGAGUGCUAACAAGGCAGCAGCAACUAAUAACAUCCCUGCGCCCAACUCUACCGUACCAAUACUUUUGACCAAGUUUCAGAACGUAGGCCUUUCACUCACUGAUGUUGUGGCUCUCUCAGGUGCACACACCAUGGGAAAAGCUCGAUGCGCGGUUUUUAGCUCUCGAUUGGGAGGUGGUGGCAGUGGCAGUGGCGGUGGGGCGGAGAUUAACUUGGACUUCAUUCAGUCACUGCAGCAGCUGUGCUCUGAGCCUGACAGCAGCCAAUCACUGGCACAACUCGACUUGGUGACUCCAGCUACAUUUGACAACCAGUACUUUGUCAACUUACUCUCUGGUGAGGGAUUGCUUCCAUCCGACCAGGCCUUGGUCACUGAUGAUGAUCAGACACGCAAUUUGGUUCAAAUGUAUGCAGAGGACUUGUCUGCAUUCUUUGAGGACUUCAAGAACUCUAUGCUGAGGAUGGGAAGUCUUGGUGUUUUAACUGGUAAUAGUGGGGAGAUUCGCAGGGACUGUCGGACUGUUAAUUAACGUCCUCCUCCUCGUAGGUUUAAAUAAACAUUAUUCAUGUUAGGGCCCAUGAAAAUGUUACU